AGAAGUGGGCUACAUCCAGGAAGAGGAUAUAAAGCUUCUGUAGUGAUCUGCUUAUACAACAAGCAUCAGCAUGCAAAAGGAGCUCAUGCAAUGAUGCAAAAACACCAACUUUGCAUACAUAAAAUCAGUGCAAGAUGCAUGAAACGAUAUGACACCAGUGAAAAGUGCAAUGUGCACCACUAUGACUGGCUCACACACACAGAGAUUAUUUAGAGAGGGAAAGGAAUGCAUAAAAAUACAGAGGACAAACACCCUGCAUUGGCACUGAGAUCUUUUAUUUGCAACACAUUUCCUGUACUUUCUGAAAGUCUCACAUCUCUUGUACUAUUCCUCUGUCUGUACAUGUCCUAAUGUAAUAAUUUCUUUGGUUUUUGUUAGUUACGUACUAAUUAAAAGUUAAAACAGAGAUUUGUGGAUGAUGACGCGCCAGUUCACUUGUUUACUUUUGCUUUUAUGAAUUGCCUUUCUUGACAAAGUUGUGCUGUGUUUCAACCAAAUGGCCCCAAAUAAUCAAUGACAAGAUCUCAAUAGAGAUUCAGGCUUAAAAUAUUUUUUAGGUCAAUGUGCAAUUCCUAGCGUCCCAUGAGCAUAUGUAUACUAUAGUUUUGCUUCGCAUGAUACCUACUACAAACAAAUUAAUGUAAGAUAAAAAUAUAGCCUGCUUUUUAGCCUUGAUCAAUAUUAGUUCAUAUGUAAUGGAACGGAAAGAACAGAUUAGUUGAGCCGAUGGAGUUGCUUUUCAUGUGAAUUAAUGUUUGUUAAUGCGAUGUGUGGAGCUAAGUGGAAUCUAGCCCCUUGCAAAAGGGGUGGAUUCUAGCCGUUUAGGUUUCUAAUUUGUACUACCUCUCAAACUAAAAGUUCCUAGUUGUAGUUGAGGUGAUCAUGCAAUUCAAGAGGAACUAAUCACUUCACUUCUCAAUCUUAAAUGGAAGAUCAGGUUUGAAUGUGACCCAUGUGCAUAGUGCAGUACAUCUUUUCUUGAUAAUCACAAAUAUAAUUAGUCAAUGUUCUCUUAAACAAAACCUAAUUGUAGUCGGCAGCAUGAAGUGUGCAGUGUGAACAAGGGCGGCCCAAUUUUAAUUAGGUACGUGGGUUUGCUUUUAAACCAACUAAUUUUGGAGGCCCAGGAUGCAAAAGCUUAAAGCCAUUUCUAACACUGUGAUGCAUGCAAGGCCCAGAGUAGAAUACAGGAAAAUUCUUUGUGACUCUGUUCUUCAAAUUAUUGAAUUGGUCGAUACAAAAUUCUUUACAGAACUCAUGCAGAAUCAUUUUCAAAUUAAAUGGGAAUAAUUCCUUUUUAGGACGGAUCUAUUUGUUUUGCUAGGGAAAUAAUCAUAUAGAUUUGAAAGCAUGAGAGAUGAAUAGGAUUUCAUAAUACAACAAAAACUGCUUGACUGUCAUGGUUGAUCUUAUCGAGCCAAUCUAUAUUUAAGAACCACUUGAUAAAUUUUCAUGUAUUAAAAAAUCCAAAUAUUUGAUACAUUCCGUUUGAAUUUUAUCAGUUUUCGCCAUUAAUCGUUCGGCUAUCAAAUCAUGGUGGAAUGCAUGAAGAUUGAGGACUCAACAAAACCGUGUCUGGCUGACUGGCUAGCUACCAAACAGUCAAACUUUGGAUUCAAACUUCCAACUUUUUCUAUCACGUCAACCUGUCAUACACACAUAACUUUUCAGUCACAUCGUACCAAUUUCAACCCAAACUUUCAACUUUGGAAGGAACUAAACUCAGCCUAGGAAAUCUGAAGUAGUACAAAUCUAGUACUCCCUCUGUCCCAUAAUAUAAGUGAUUUUGACUUUUUGAUUGCACUGUUUGACCAUUCAUCUUAUUCAAAAAAAUUGAAAUUGUUAUUUAUUUUAUUUGUGACUUACUUUAUUAUCUAGAGUAUUUUGAACACAACUUUUCGUUUUUUAUAUUUGCACAAAUUUUUUGAAUAAGACGAGUGGUUAAACAGUGCAAGCAAAAAGUCAAAAUCCGACGGAGGGAGCAGUACACUACAUCCAUGCGACCAGAGUAGGAAAACCGGUUAAGGAUCUGCAGUUUGAAACUUGUAAUUGCUACCUAUAUUAUCUAAAAAAAUGUUGCCCAAUUUAUAUCAGUAGAUUUUUUUAAUCUAUUAGUCCUAUACUCCUAUGGCAUAUGCAUUAGCAAUUCUACGUUGAUUUCAGGCUUGUGGCAUGUUGAAUUUCUUCUUACAUUAAGGAGACAAGACAAAAUACAUGAUGGAUCGAGAGGUUCUUUGUGACAAAAACAAAACUAAUUAAAAGUCAUUAUAUCUUUUCUCUUACAAAUCGUUGACACACAUGGACCAAUACAAAAAUAAUUCUAGUUGUACAUGUGGACGCCUAGCGAAGUUUAUAAUUAUUAUUUUUGAUGGUUUAUAAUAGCCAAAACCAUUUUGGCUUAAACUAUUAGACAUAACAAACAAGGAAAAAAAUGCUAGCCAGCUCUACUGUUGCUUGCACCUACAUGCAGAUAGUGAAACCCACUACCAUGAUUAGGCCUCUCUUUCUUGCUAUAAAAAGAAAAAAAAACUAGCUUUGCAGGUGAUUAAUUAAGGAGAUCCAAGAACCAACAUUACCUUUGUGCUGAUAUGAGGAUUAUGUUUAAAAGUCAUAUCUAAUCCAACCUAGUCUUGCUUAACCCAAAGGAAGUUGGGUGGCAAACAGAAAGCAAUUUUGGCCUGGAACGGCCAAGAUGAGCAAAGCUUUGCUUGUUUCUGCAUCAAGGGUGGGUCCGUGUGGUUGAUCGUCAAAUGGACAAACUUCUUGCCCAACGAAUAUGGCGUUUUAUAGUGGGUGGUCGUCUACUGAAUUGAAGAUGAAGAUUGGUUUUCAUUGAAUAAUUCUUGUGGAGUUCGAUCACUUAAUUUAGUACAGGGCACUUUAUAGAGGAUCGGAAAAUAAUUCUUAGGAAGCCCAUCAUUUUCUUUGAAAUUCCUAUAAAAUAGAUAAUCCUAAAGAAAUUUUGAAAAAAAAUUAGUAAGAACUCAAACUUGUUGAAAAAUUUCCUUUGAGCUUACGUCUCUUAUCCGAUUGUUGUGUUUUUCUCGCGGUCUAAUCAAACUAUCAUUUUUUGUAUUUACUGUGUUCUAUAAUCUUUUAUUUUUGUACUUGCAUUCCUGCCGAUUAUUGUUCCUCUGCUUUUUCAGUUAUACUUUUUAAAUGAGAAAGACGAAUGGUCACGGUUUAAAAUGAAUAGUGCCAAUUGUCAGUUAUUUGGAAAUGGAUGGAGUAUAAUUUUCUAGCCAUGUACAUAAAACCAAUUGUUUUGGCUUGUGUAUUCGAGUAAUAUAUAAAUUUGACACAAUGAACAAUUUGAUGCUCUAAAAAACAUGAGAUACUUUCUCUAAAAGUUUGAAAUGUUCCUAUUGUUUGUGAAAAGUAUGCAACAGAGAAGUAAUGCCCCAAGUCUAUCACUGCAAGCAAAACAAAAAAUGUCGCAACUAUUUCAUACGAUGACAUAUUAACAAGCACAUUUAAUCAUGUAAAUAUCCCCUAUCUCUCCUUAUAAGAGAAGUAGCAAGAGGAACAAAGUCGCCUAGUGCUAAUGGUAAAUAGUGUGUUGAUAUUUUUAUGAGAAAUGGAAGAAAAAAAAGUGAAUGUGUAGAAAAUAGACUCACAAGGAUAAUAUAAUUAAUGAGUGAAAAUGACUUACAUAGGAUAUGUUAUAUAAUUAUUUCAUCCAGGGUUUUCACAUUGCACUUUUAUGUAACUUCAUAUCAACCAUAUACGCAACCAAAAUGUAGAACUUGCUUACUUAGUAAGCAUUCAUGCAAAGAUCCUACUUAAUGACCCUUUGUGUUGAUAAGAAUGUAUUUUUUCCGAUAGUAGAAAUCUAUCUAGUAUGUACCCCCAACCGUUGAGAGUUUCUAAAAAAAGAUAUUUUUCAUGACAUCAAAGAAGUUCACAACAUAACUAUAUAUUUUCCAAAAUACAUAAUUUACCCAUGUAAAAAAAAUUCAAGAUCUAAUAUAAAGAAAAAUCGAUCCUAUCCUCAUCAGUCAUCAUAGUCUCAUUUUUUCGCUUAUACUAAUACUUAGUAGCUAAAAUUCAAAUUUUCAACCUUGAAUUUAUAAUUGGUUUGAGGUUUUUUCAUCUAAGUUUAUUUUUCAGCCAUUGCUUUUAAAUUGUUAAGAACACAUAUAUAUAAAAGUUUAUUUAUAAAUCAUGUUUUAUUCGUUAAAAUGUCGUUUGGCUUAUUCCAAAUGAUGGGGCUGCUAGAUGACAGUAUUACUCCGUCCCACUAUAUAAGGAAUUUUGAGUUUUUACUUGCAACGUUUGACCACUUGUCUUAUUUAAUUUUUUUUUGCAAAUAUAAAAGACAAAAAAUUAUGCUUAAAGUACCGUAGAUAAUAAAGUAAGUCACAAAUAAAAUAAAAAUAAUUUUAAAAUUUUUUUGAAUAAGACGAGUAGUUAAACAUUACAAGUAAAAACUCACAAUCUAAUAUAGGACGAAUGGAGUACUUUGAUAUCCCACUUUUCUCACAAUUCCAAACUAGCACCACAAAAUAUAAUUUUGCAGGCCCUCACUUUCACACCAAGAAAACUAAACAAAGAAAAAGUCUACGGCCGCGUUCCCUUCUCUUCCUCCUUCCUUCUUUCCUGCUGCCUGCCUAGUCUAGUCUACCACCCUCCUCUCCAACCUUUCUCCUUCCUCCUCAUCUCCUCCUCCAAGCCGAGCCACCGAAAUUCCUCCAAUCCUACAGUUCGCUCGCAUCUCUCCCUCUCCUCCCCGUCCCAGGCGCGGCCAGGACCUCCGGAUCGGUGAAAAGAGGCCGCCUUGGUGCUUCUUGGCGCCGAAUCUUGGGGAGGAGGUCGCUCAGAUUCGGAUUUAGGGUUUUUGGUGGUGAGAGGGGGAAAAUGGCGACGGCCGUGGCGUGCGCGGAGAGGGCGACGAGCGACAUGCUGAUCGGGCCGGAUUGGGCGGUGAACAUCGAGCUCUGCGACAUCAUCAACAUGGAUCCCGGACAAGCCAAGGAUACACUCAAGCUCCUAAAGAAACGCCUGGGAAACAAGAAUUCAAAAGUGCAAAUUCUGACGCUUUAUGUGCUAGAGACUCUAAGCAAAAACUGUGGGGAUGUUGUUUACCAGCAAAUCAUUGAGCGAGACAUAUUAAGUGAAAUGGUUAAGAUAGUAAAGAAAAAGCCAGAUUUAAAUGUUCGGGAGAAAAUAUUGAGUUUGAUUGACACAUGGCAAGUGGCUUUUGGAGGUGCAUCUGGCAGAUAUCCCCAGUAUCACGCUGCUUACCAAGAACUCAGGAAUGCUGGUGUUGAUUUUCCACCUCGUGAGGAGAACACGGUUCCACUGUUUACACCUCCUCAAACUCAACCAUUGAGGCAACCACAUCUAUAUCCACCUCCAGGUCAAAGCUAUGAAGAUGCAGCGAUACAAGCUUCUCUUCAAUCUAGCGCCCCUUCUGCACCUGCCUUGAGUCUAAGUGAGAUUCAGAGUGCUCGAGGAAUUGUGGAUGUGUUGGAUGAGAUGUUAAAUGCUUUGGACCACAGGCACCCUGAGGGUGUGAGGGAGGAGGUCAUUGUUGACCUUGUUGGGCAGUGCCGAUCUUAUCAAGGUCGAGUCAUGGACCUUGUUAGCAAUACUGGUGAUGAGAGCCUUCUAUUUCAAGCUCUCGGUUUAAAUGAUGAACUGCAGCGUGUUCUUCAGCGUCAUGAUGACAUCGCAAAGGGAGUGCCUCCCGGUUCAGGCCCAGCUCCUGCUGCUGCUAAUGUAAACCGAGGAACAGCCCCUCCUAGGCCUACUGGGGUUUCAUUUUCCCCACUUCUUAAUGUGCACCAUGAAGACGAUGAGCCAGAAGACGAGUUCUCUGUUCUUUCCCGCAGGUCUGCAAGGGAUGGCACAGCAGCACAGGGCAAUCUACCUUCUGCUCCAAAAAGUGAAAGGCCUUACCCAAGCCCACUUCUUCCUCCGCCACCAUCAUCAAAGAGGCCAGUUUUCACGGAGGCAAGCAGUGUUGACUAUCUUAGUGGCGACUCCUACAAGACAGAAAAAGUAUCAGAUGACUUUAUUAAUCCAACUGCCCCAGCCAAUAUACCUGCGCCGUCUCAUUCAAAAACAGAAACGAAUCCGCCGCCAAGUUAUGAUAGCCGGUCAGAAAGUGUGUCUGAUGACUUCAUAAACCCAACUGCAGCACCCAGCUUCUCUAUGCCUUCUCGUCCUAUGAGCGAGUCAAAUCGUCCUGCUGUCAAUAGGCAGGAGAGUCUACCUGAUGAUGAUUUUAUAAACCCAACAGCUAUCCCUGGUUUUUCUUCGUCUUCAAAUGCUAACAAGUAUGGAGACUCCGGUGAAGAUCUUCCAAAAGCUCCAUGGGAAGCGCAAGCUCCAGGUUCCUUACCGCCACCUCCAGCAAGGUAUGGCCAAAGACAGCAGUACUUCGAGCAACAGCACGGCCUUCCUAGUGGUAACAACGGUGCCGGGUACAAUGGACUGGUGAGCCAAACAGAAGGCCUUUCGCUUAAUCAGAGGAAUACCGAGAAUGAGAGAGGUUCAUCAGUUCCGACCGCAUCACGGCAGACCAAACCUGAAGAUUCUCUUUUCAAGGAUCUUGUCGAUUUCGCUAAGAACAAACCGUCUUCUCCAUCUAAACCAGCCAACAGCCGCAGGACUCGCUGACCAAUGGGUGCUAGGGAAGCACUUUGAGGAGUUGCCAAGCUAUUUGGCUUUACAGGUUUAGCGGCUUUAGAGAUGAUAUAUACCAUCAAAUAAGAGUUUCAGUCUGGAUUUCAUUACCUUGGGAAUUACUUUGGCUGUGCAAGGUGUUAUUGUGCAUUCGACAGUUAGAAUUCACAGAUAUCAGAUACAUUCAGUCAUGAUCAUAAUGGGUUGUGUGUUGUGUAGUCAGGAUGUUUUUUUUUUUGGAACCUUUGCCACAUUUUUUUUCCUUUUCCAUUCAUGCUCCUACUUUCCUUUGCUGUAUAUAUUACUCCAUUUGGCAGCAAUAUUCAUAGUUCAGGUUGCAAUUUGAAGUUGGUGUAACUUUACUGUUUUUUUCAGUGUGGAGAAACUGUAACAUGGCCUUUGAAAAGCUGUCAGUUUUAUGGUUA